GGAUAUAGACGACCAUUAUUUAUCCACACACGCCAUACCUCUGUUUCUCUCUUCGUCUGCUUCUCUUUGCUUUGCCUAUGCUUCUCUUCACAACUUUGAGUACGCUUCUUCCAUUUUCCAUCAACAAUGUCCUCUUUGAUAGUUCCACCAGUCCUAACCACCCCCAGAGACGACGCCAUCCUCCUCCACAAAGCCUUCAAAGGCUUCGGCUGCGACAAGCCCGCCGUCAUCAACAUCCUCGCCCACCGUGACUCCACCCAGCGAGCCUACAUCAAUCACGAGUACCGCACCAUGUACUCCGAGGACCUCAACCACCGCCUCUCCUCCGAGCUAAGCGGAAAUAUCAAGAAAGCCCUCCUCCUUUGGACCCACGACCCUCCCACCCGCGACGCCACCAUCGUCCGGGAGGCCCUCACCGGCCCCAACAUCAUCGAUCUCAGAGCCGCUACUGAAGUCAUCUGCUCUCGAACCUCCACCCAGAUCAUGCAGUUCAAGCAAGUCUACUUUGCGUUGUUUGGUUCUUAUCUUGAGCAUGACAUCGAAGUUCAAGCUUCCGGCGACCACAAGAACCUGCUGCUAAGUUACGUCGCCACGCCUAGAUAUGAAGGUCUUGACUUUGACAGGUUCAUGGUGGACAAAGAUGCGAAGGCUUUGUACAAAGCAGGGGAGAGGAAAUUGGGGACGGAUGAGAAGAAGUUCAUUGAGAUUUUCAGUGGGAGGAGCAGUGCGCAUUUGAAUGCUGUGAGUGCUGCUUAUCAGAACAUGUAUGGGAGUUCUUUAAAGAAGGCGGUGAAGAAGGAGACGUCGGGGCUUUUCGAGCAUGGGCUGGUGACGAUUCUGCAGUGUGCUGAGCAUCCCGGGAGGUAUUUCGCUAAGGUUUUGCAUAAGGCGAUGAAGGGUUUAGGGACAGAUGAUAGUACACUUCUGAGGGUGAUUGUGUCGAGGGCUGAGAUUGAUUUGCAGUAUAUAAAGGCUGAGUACCAAAAGAAGUAUGGCAAGAGUUUGGGUGAUGCUGUUCGUUCUGAGACUUCUGGGAAUUACAAGGAUUUUCUUCUGGCUCUUAUAGGCCCAAGUCAUUAGCCAAAGUGUUUGUUGUGUUACAAUUUCAGGUGUUUAGUGUAGGCCUGAUCUAGAACUAUGGCGUAGUAGUAACUAGUAAGUUAAUCCUUACUUGACUCCAAAUGUUUAUGUUUAAUUUGAAGAAUGUGUAUUUACUGCUUACUUUGCAGAUAAUGAAAUGUUUGCUUUAAAUAAGAAAUUCGACAUUGCCAGAAGAGGCCAUUGAAUUUGUCCCCAAA